GCGCGCGACGCGGAGGAUGGAAGGCGCCGCCUGUCCCUUCCUCUCCCUAACCUGCUAGAGCUAGGUGGGGGGCACUGGGGAGGAGCCGUCGGAUCCGUGAUUGGCCGAGGCCGCCUCCAGCCCCAACCUACGUCCCCUCCCCCUCUCGCGGCUUGGGACUCCAGCGCCCGGCGCGCCAAGGCGGCGAUCCAGCGAGCGCGCGUGCAGCCGCCGCCGCCGCCCCGAGCAUCCGCAGCUCCCGCGCCGCGGCGAGACCGAGGAGAGACAGACGGACCGACAGACCCUCGAAGCCGCAGCAUCCGGGAAGAGAACAUGCUUGCCAAUUCAGCCAGCGUACGGAUCCUCAUCAAGGGAGGCAAAGUGGUGAAUGAUGACUGCACCCACGAGGCCGAUGUCUACAUUGAGAAUGGCAUCAUUCAACAGGUGGGCCGUGAGCUCAUGAUCCCUGGAGGGGCCAAGGUGAUCGACGCCACUGGGAAACUGGUGAUCCCUGGGGGUAUCGACACCAGCACUCACUUCCACCAGACCUUCAUGAACGCCACAUGCGUGGACGACUUCUACCACGGGACCAAGGCAGCCCUAGUUGGAGGGACCACCAUGAUCAUCGGCCACGUCCUGCCUGACAAGGAGACCUCCCUUGUGGAUGCCUAUGAGAAGUGCCGGGGUCUAGCUGACCCCAAGGUCUGCUGUGACUACGCCCUCCACGUGGGGAUCACCUGGUGGGCACCCAAGGUGAAAGCAGAAAUGGAGACACUGGUGAGAGAGAAGGGUGUCAACUCGUUCCAGAUGUUCAUGACCUACAAGGACUUGUAUAUGCUUCGGGACAGUGAGCUGUACCAAGUGUUGCACGCUUGCAAAGACAUUGGGGCAAUCGCCCGAGUCCACGCUGAAAAUGGGGAGCUCGUGGCGGAGGGUGCUAAGGAGGCGCUAGAUUUGGGUAUCACAGGCCCAGAAGGCAUCGAGAUCAGUCGUCCAGAGGAGCUGGAAGCUGAAGCUACUCACCGAGUUAUCACGAUUGCAAAUAGGACUCACUGUCCCAUCUAUCUGGUCAACGUGUCCAGCAUCUCGGCCGGUGACGUUAUUGCAGCUGCUAAGAUGCAAGGGAAAGUCGUGCUGGCCGAGACUACCACUGCCCAUGCCACACUGACAGGCUUGCACUACUACCACCAGGACUGGUCCCACGCAGCCGCCUAUGUCACGGUGCCUCCCCUGAGACUGGACACCAACACCUCAACCUACCUCAUGAGCCUGCUGGCCAAUGAUACUCUGAACAUUGUGGCAUCAGAUCAUCGGCCUUUCACCACAAAGCAGAAAGCUAUGGGCAAGGAGGACUUCACCAAGAUCCCGCACGGAGUGAGUGGCGUGCAGGACCGCAUGAGCGUCGUCUGGGAGAGAGGAGUGGUUGGAGGAAAGAUGGAUGAGAACCGUUUUGUGGCCGUCACCAGUUCCAACGCAGCGAAGAUUCUCAACUUGUAUCCCCGCAAGGGCCGCAUCAUCCCAGGGGCCGAUGCCGACGUGGUGGUGUGGGACCCAGAGGCCACAAAGACCAUCUCAGCCAGCACCCAGGUUCAGGGAGGAGACUUCAACCUGUACGAGAACAUGCGCUGUCAUGGCGUGCCGCUGGUUACCAUCAGCCGGGGGCGGGUCGUGUAUGAGAAUGGUGUCUUCAUGUGCGCUGAGGGCACUGGCAAGUUCUGUCCCCUGAGGUCCUUCCCAGACACCGUUUACAAGAAGCUGGUCCAGAGAGAAAAGACCUUAAAGGUGAAGGGAGUAGACCGCACUCCCUACCUGGGGGAUGUAGCUGUCGUCGUGCAUCCUGGGAAAAAAGAGAUGGGGACACCACUCGCAGACACUCCUACCCGGCCCGUUACACGACACGGGGGCAUGAGGGACCUUCAUGAAUCCAGCUUCAGCCUGUCUGGUUCUCAGAUCGACGACCAUGUUCCAAAGCGAGCUUCGGCUCGGAUCCUCGCUCCCCCUGGAGGCAGGUCAAGCGGCAUUUGGUAAAGGCACUGACUAGCCCCCCCAAGUGAAGAUGCACCGCUGCCACCAGCCCGCACACCCUCCGUCUGAAGCUGCAGGGGUGGGAGAGGCUGGGCUGGGCAGCUCACCACCUGAGGGGCCACCGGCCCCGGGGAGCCCUCCCCAUGUCUGACGCGUGAUUCACUGUGCUUCGAGCCGACCCUAACAGGCACUUUGAGAUGUGUUCCUCCUGCUGCAGUCUUUUCCUGCCCUGGCCUCAUGGAGCCCAGGAAGCCCACACUAUGCACAGAGCCCAACGCAUAGAGCCCGGCCCGGCCCCUCCUCACACCUGCCUCCACGUGCUGGCUUCGGGAAAGCGCAGACUUUAGUGCCCUGCCGCUGGCUGACCUGCCAGUUGUCCAGAGCACUUUAGCAGAUGUAUUUUAAAAGGACUCCCUUCCCCAUCCCCUUAGGCCUCGUGGUCAGCUUCCUCAAGUCAGACAGGUGUUAGCUGCCCAACCAUGCCCAGGGUGUCCCGUUCUUCCUGACUCACCUCUAGCCCCUAUUGUGGGUGUGGUGGGGACACCCUGGGUGUGGGUGUGGUUGGAAUACUCUGCACCCUUUACCAGCUUCUUCCUCUCCCCACCCCACCCUCUGGGAACCAGGCCCAGGAGGGCUGCUGGGUGGGGCGCAAGGCUGGUGCCAGGCGCGUGUACAUGAUUUUGUUUUGCACGUUUGGUUUGCGCAGUGGUUUGGUUUGACUUGUUUGUGCAUCCUGUGAAAAAUAACGGUGCUUCGUGUCACUAGCAUAGCAUAGAAACAGGAAUAGAUGUGGACCUUAGGAGAUGCUGCACUCGACACCAACCAGACAGCCUAGGGCAGAGAGGGGAAGGAGGGUAGCGGGUGCUGGACUUAUAGGCCCUUCUCCCCGGACCUGGAGUCUUCCAGGCUGCCACAGGCCCUGUCCCCGGCCCUCUUCCCAUCCAUUCCUCUCCUGGUCUAGUCCCUACAUUCUGAUAGGGUGCCCAGGAUGCUGGCCCUGGAGACCUUUGGGGAGCAGGGUGGCCUUUCCCAUCUCUGGCCCCGGUCACUCCCAGCACUAACACCUGGCUUUCCGUAAACUCCCCCUGCUGGACAGAGGCCCAGCCGCUCCACCUGUGUGAUUGGCAAAAGGCCUGAUGCCUGCUAAGAGAGGGGGAGCAAGACUAGGGUGGUGGGCUAGCUGGGUGCCAGGGAAGGAGACCAGGCCAGCGGGACCUGGCUAUAGAACCCACAUUGCUGCAGGGGUACUGUGGUCUCCUGUGGUCAGCACCACACCCUCACCUGCUGUGGCCUCCAUCUCCUCCCAUGUCCAGCUGGGCCCUCCCUGCCUCCGCAGCUUCAGGAGAUUUCCGUGGAAACACUAGAGGCUAGGUGAUCUCCAUCUACCCUCAGUGAGCUGGCAAGUACCCCAGCCACCUGCCCUCAUUAAGCCCUGUUCUCCCCCCGGGGAAGUGAUUUCACGUUGCACAUUCAGUUUGAGCACCCCAGGCUACACGUGGCUCCUGGACUCUUGGGCGAGUGGUCAUACCUGGCACAUUUCUAUUCUGCUUUUCUAUUUUCUAUUGUGCUUUUUAUGUUUUCAAAGCAUUUCCAUAUACAAGCUCUCAAUUGCUCCUCACGACAGCAGAGCAUAUAUUAUUCCCCCUACUUCAUAGAUGAGGCUUAGCAAGUUUAGAACUGACCCCAGAAGUGUCCAUGACUACACGUAAGAGCAUGGCUGUCCACCCUAGCUGUGGAAAGGAGGAGUGCGGGAAGAUGUCUCUUGGAGAUCCCACUGAGAGUUUAACCAAUUAGAAGGCUUACUCCCCUGGUAGGCAUUCUGCUUUGUUUUGCACACAUAGAUUUUUCUUGUAAUGCACAUUCACUCUUUGAGCCAGAACUAGUUACCUGUUGGAGGUUUGCCAUGUGGUUUGACCUGCCUCCACAUCCUCACUUGUCCCUUCAUGCUCAUCUUCCUCUCUUAGGGGCUGAGAUGACGGAGACAGUAACCCAGGGCAAGCAAAGGUACUCACAGAGGGUGGCGGCCAUGGGGCCAGUGGAUAGGGAUCUGGGCCUGGGAAACUUCGACACUGACCCCUUGGUACAAUGCACAUUGUCCAUCUUUAUCCCCUUUCAGCCCUUGCUGGGUCAUGGGUCUUGGGCAGAUGCCAAAGAGCCAAGCAGUGGCGGUGGCCCACGGGCACAGCAUCCCUGCUUGGGCUAGGAAAGCUUUAUCUUCCCUGAGUGCCUCCGCCCGAGAGAUGCAUGGCCUGUGGCUGUGGGAGACCACAUCUUGGAGUGGUCCACCGUACGCCUUCCACUUCAUCCACCCCUGAUCCUUACAUAGACCCCACCCUUGCCCAGGAGCUUCUGGAUGAAAAUCAGGAGGUUCAAGGAACCAAAUGAACGAUCAGCCCCCACCACCCGCUCCUUGCCCUGUGCAGAGUCGCAGCCCGCUCCAUCACCAGCCCUGCUGGCUCCUGGUUGGAAUGAAAAGGGUCUCUGGUUGCACUGAAUGCAGCUCUCAAACUGGUCUUGUAUUUGCUGAAUAAAUACUGUUGUUCUUGCCUUAGCUGCUCUCUAGGUUUGUGGGGUUAAGUUACCAGAAAAUUGUGCUACUGUGUGUGUGUGUGUGCGUGUGUGUAGUGCUAGGAGUCCACAGUAGGUCUCUGUCAAGCCAAUGCCGUGAUGAGGGCUUUUCCAAUACUGACCCAGAAACCACAGAACCACGCAGAAACCCAAACCCCCUCCAGCUGCCCAGGCAGCAAGCACAGCCUGGGGCCGGGAUGGAGCCUCCAAUACCCCAGCACCCAAGUGACUUCUUCACUCUGUAAAAGUCAUGGUGCUAAGAUUGUGUCAACCCCAAGACAACAUGGUCCUGUGCUUUGGCCACCUGUUUGAGGCAAAACAAAACAGCCCGACACAUUGCGUUCUGGUGCAGGUUUGUAUUAAACUGUAGCUACUUCUCA